CGGUGGAUGCUGAGUGAAUCAAUACGUUUGUAGUGCCCAAUGUCUAAUUCAUUCGGUAUAGAGAAUAAAGUUGGCCGCAAUCAUGACUUCAAAUAAAGUUCCUCCAGAUGGUGGCUUUGGAUGGAUCGUCGUAGCUGGUUGUGCACUCAUCAACAUAUUCAACCAAUCUCUGAUAUCAGUUUUCGGCUUGAUGUUUGGUAAUUAUUUAAGUUUUUUGGGAGAAAACGCUUUUGGUGCGGCCUUGGUUAUGAACGUUUGCAACAUAUCGCUUAACUUUUCUGGACUGUUCAGUGGACCAAUAAUUAAAAAAUUUGAAGCUAGGAAGGCGUCCAUAUUUGGAAGCUUACUAACGGGAGGUGCCCUAACCGCGUGCUCUUUUGCAACACAAAUAUGGCAAAUUAUGCUCGCGUAUGGUGUAGCGUUCGGUUUCGGGCUAGGUUUGAUCCAGUCGGCGACCUUUGUGGCGAUCAAUUCAUACUUCCGAAACAACAAAGGCAAAGCAGUUGGAUUGGCUUUGGCGGGCACUGGAUUGGGUCAAAUAUUGAUGCCUUUGAUAGUGCAAUACUUACUAGACAACUAUGAUUUUCGCGGAGCCACCUUAAUUAUUGGUGGAUUGGCUUUAAAUGGCGUUGUUGGUGCAGCGCUUUUACAACCGAUGGAGUGGCACAUGAGAAAUAUUUCCGAUGAGGAAUCUCGGGGUGAGAAGCGGCCUCUUUUGAGGAACGGCACAUUGGAUCGUCCUAAGCAAUCCAACAAUGGGUGGUCUAAGCUUGCUGCCCUAAUGGAUGUUGCUAUUUUGAAAAAGCUUUCUUUUCUCAAUUUGAUCAUUGGGCUAGGACUGGCGUACACCGCUACAAGCAGUUUUUCUUUAUUUUUCCCCUACUUUUUGCAGAAAUCAGCAAAUCUGGACAUGCUUCAGGCAGCUAACUGUAUGGCAAUUUUAUCAACCACCGACCUACUAACACGGGUUACUGUGCCGGCGUUCGUGGAUAAAAUGAAAUUCACCCAUCGGAGCACUUUUCUAAUGGCAGGUCUUUGUCUCGUCAUUGCUCGAUCAAUCAUGGCAGAAAUGCGGAACCUUACAGCCCUAAUGGUGACAUCGGCAGUGUAUGGAAUCUUCCGAUCGAUUACGAUUGUUAAUCAAAAUCUAACAAUAGCUGAAUAUUGCAGCGAAAAGGGAUUGGAGAGGAUGCUUCCAAAUGCUCUAGGAUUUAACAUGAUAGUGAAAGGUAUUCUAGUUUUAAGUUUAGGGCAGGCGCUGGGUUGGUUUGUAGAUUUCACAGGAAGCUACUCGCUUGUUUUGCAUGCACAAAACCUGCUGCUUAUUUCGACUUGUGUUUUAUGGUUAUGUGAGAUUUAUUUCAAGCGCGAAGAUUGA